AUGACAGCAAUCAGAAUGGUUUCAUCAGUGCUGGUGCUGGUGCUGAUGCAGUCCGGAGCUCUUUGCGCACGGAGGUUCCGCGGUGGCCGCAACCCACAACCACGACGCGCACCACCUGCUCCCACAUACCGGGCGGACCGGGGUGACACCACGGAGAGCUUCCCUCUGGAUUUCACCGCCGUGGAGGAGAACAUGGAUAACUUCAUGACACAAGUGAAGAACCUGGCACAGUCCCUCUACCCGUGCUCGGCGCAGAAGCUCGACUACGACAUGAAACUGAACUUUUUGGAGAAUACAUCAGUCACCUGCAACGAUGGAAGUCCCGCGGGGUACUACCUGAAAGAAUCCCGAGGCAGCAGACGGUGGUUGAUAUUCCUAGAGGGUGGCUGGUACUGCUUCAACAAGGAGAACUGUGACAGCCGAUACGAGACCAUGAGGAGACUGAUGAGCUCGUCCAAGUGGCCCCAAACUAAAACAGGCACCGGGAUCCUGUCUCCACUGCCCGAGGAAAACCCUCACUGGUGGAAUGCCAACAUGGUGUUCAUCCCGUAUUGCUCCAGCGAUGUGUGGAGCGGUGCAACAGCCAAAACAGAGCAGAAUGGCUAUGCCUUCAUGGGAUCGCUGAUUAUUCAGGAGGUUGUGAAGGACCUGCUGAACAAAGGUCUGGACAACGCCAAAGUUCUCCUAUUAGCAGGAAGCAGUGCGGGUGGUACAGGGGUCCUUCUGAACGUGGACCAUGUGGCAGAAUUACUGGAGGGACUGGGGCACACUGGGAUACAAGUGCGAGGCCUGUCUGAUUCUGGCUGGUUCCUGGACAACAAGCAGUACCACUGCACGGAGUGUGUGGAUGCUGUCAGCUGUUCCCCCACUGAGACCAUCAAGAGAGGCAUCAAGUACUGGGGAGGAGUGGUACCAGAGAGGUGCAGGCAAACCCAUGAAGGAGAGGAGUGGAACUGUUUCUUUGGAUAUAGAGUCUUCCCUUCAAUAAAGAGCCCUGUGUUUGUUGUCCAGUGGCUGUUUGAUGAGGCCCAGUUGACAGUGGACAACAUCCAGCUGACAGGCCAGCCUGUGCAGGAAGGCCAGUGGCGCUACAUCCAAAACCUGGGCAUUGAGCUUAGGAACACACUCAAAGAUGUCCCGGCUAUGUUUGCUCCAGCGUGCCUAUCACAUGAAGUGAUCACAAGAAACUACUGGAUUGACGUGCAGGUUAAAGGCACGUCCUUGCCCCGAGCACUGCACUGCUGGGACCGCAGCCUCCACGACAACAGGAACAACAAGGCCCCGCCCAAAGGCUGCCCUGUACAUCUGAUUGACAGCUGCCCGUGGCCCCACUGCAAUCCCACAUGCCCCACCAUCCGAGACCAGUUCACAGGACAAGAGAUGAACGUCAUUCAGUUCCUCAUGCACAUGGGCUUUGAUGUGCAGAAGAUGGCCCAACAGCAGGGCAUGGACCCCAGCAAGCUACUGGGCAUGCUCAGUAGUGGCAGCUAAAGGGAUACACAUGCGCACA